AUGACACUUGGCAUACAUGGACAAUUUGAAUUUGGUACAGGCAAUUCAUAUCAACAAUUAUGUCCACGUCAGUCACAAGCUCAAGCAGAUAGGAAUAAAAGACAAAUGAAACAUCUUGAAAAUAAUGAUCCAUAUAUGUGUGGACAACCACCGCCAUACUCUAAUAUGAACGUUCAUGAUCAUAUGUUAUCUUCACCAAAUACAAUGUCGAGACAUAUUGAUCCAUGUUAUAAUUCUUGGAAUUUACCUUUUUCAUCUCAUUCAAUGAAUCAAAAUGAAAUUAUGACUUCACAUGUAGUGGAGAACAUCGACCCAUUAUUGGGUCCAUCACCUGGUCACGAACAACACUUUAUGAAUAACUCACCUGCGAUGAAUCAUAGGUCUGAGCAGAGUAUGCUACAUCAUCGGCUUUAUAAUAAUACUCGUAUGCAUUCUACUUCUCGCUAUACAGUACGUUUGAAUGAGGGUCGAUGA